UGGAGGGCUGCUGCAAUUUAUCAUAAUCUCACGGAAGACCUAAGAACUAACACAGAAAGAGAAAAAGGCCCGCAGAGGAAAAAGACAGAUAAAGAAGGAGAGAGAGAGAGAUAAAGAGGCGGAUAGAGACAGAGAGUGAGAGCGGAAACAUAUGGUUUAUCUGAAGAGGACUGCUGAACCGGGCUGAAACUUAUUAAAUCAUCAUCAUCAACUAAAACAAUCGUCUUAAAUUCUUUCAUUUCAUUUUCAUUUUUUUUCUUUUUUUUGGGACACUUUGUUUGCCUUACAUUGGUGCGCGCGUCUCACCUGUGCGUCCACCUCUGUUUGAUUAGUUUGUGCGGUGUUGGAUUGCGGUGGUUGAACCUCCCUGAACACACACACACUGAGACACACACACACUCAGAGAUCAUCACAAGACGCUGUGCAGCCUCUACAAAAAGCUUCUUGCAAGGAGGAAAUUGAAUUAGGCAAGUUAUUUCCACAGAAGAGGAGGACACUGGCUCUCGGCUUCUCCUGUUUUUUUUUUACCCCUGCACACCGUUUCUCCUCCUUGGGCCCAGCAGGAGUCACUCUUAAACCCCCCCUCCUCUCCUUCCCCUUGUCUCCCCCUCUUUCUACCUCUCUCUCCUCCACCUCCUCCCCACCUUUUCCGAGCCAUGUCUGGACACACUGUGACCAUCCCGGACGACCGGUCCUUCGCCAGCUUCAAGGCGGAGUGUAUAUGCGAGGAGGGCUGGAGCACCACCUACAACAAGUCGGGCAUCACUGUGUGGAGCCAAGGUCUGGAGGCUGGGAAGUCUGUCCACAAAAUUAAGUGUCGCAUGGUGUGUAAGGAUGUAUCAGCCGAAACCAUGUAUGACGUUCUCCACGACAUUGAAUACAGAAGGAAAUGGGACACAAACGUCAUUGAGACCUUCGACAUCGGGAAGCUUACGGUCAACGCGGAUGUCGGCUACUACUCAUGGAAGUGUCCAAAUCCUCUUCGGAACCGCGAUGUCAUCACACUUCGCUCUUGGCUGCCAAUAGGGAAAGAUUACAUCAUCAUGAACUACUCUGUCAAACACGCCAAAUACCCUCCAAAAAAGGACAUGGUGCGAGCAGUGUCCAUCCAGACUGGCUACAUGGUCCAGAGCCAGGGACCGAACCACUGUACCCUCACUUACAUGGCCCAGGUAGAUCCCCGAGGUUCAUUACCCAAGUGGGUUGUCAACAAGUCUUCCCACUUCCUCGCUCCUCGCGCGAUGAAGAAGAUCAACAAAGCCUGUUUGAAGUAUUCAGAGUGGAAGCAGAGACACAACCCUGGAUUCAAGCCCUGGCUCUUCCCCGAACAGACUACAUUACCCAGCAUCCCACUGUCCGAGCUCAGCAUCCAGCAUGCUGAGAGCCUGGAGAAUAUUGAUGAGAGCUCCCUGGCUGAGACCCAGGAGAGAGAAGACAGCGACUAACACACACACAAACACACACACACACACAACAGAGUCACAUAUAUUAACGCACAUACACACACACAAAAGAGUCACAUAUAUUCACGCACACACAGAUUCAGUAAUGCAGGAAUACAUGCAUGGCUGAUACACAUCCAUAAUGACACACGUGCAUCGUAUGUCAUUCUGUAUGUAACUAUAUGCACUGUAUACUUGCAUAUAUACUCUACAUGCAAGUGCAUAUGCAGUCGUACCAACAGUCACAUGUAUGAAAGCAUUCAUGCACACAGACAAACACAUACUCGACUGACUCAAGUCUCUUACUCGCUACAUAAUGUAUGAACACUUACAUACAAUAUACAAACAUCUGCAACAUAGAUGCACUCACAGAUACACACUCACCCACCCACCAGGGGCUGCAAGACUAAAUAUUUUUUACAUGUCAGUAAACUAAUACUCAUCAUAGUCAAAAACGUGGCAGUAAAUGUUAUUUUUUUCAUGCCUGUUAAAGGGUAUAUUAACGUUUUCUAAUCGGGGGGGGGGGGGUAUGCAAAUUGUUAUAGCAAAUAUUUUUUCAGUAAGAUUUACUGUUGAAAUGUUUACAUAUUAACCUGAUGUAGACCAUGGACAGUACACACCCAUUCAUUGAAACUUAUGCCAAAACUGUGGAUUUCAGUGAAUUAUACAAGCUUCUUUAACUCACACUUGUUUCUGUAGUCUAAGUAGUGGGAAAACUUCUGAGUGCAACCCCAAAUGAUCAUAAUGUAUUACAAAAUGUGUAUGUAAAAAUGAACAUACUAUACAUUCCAGUGUACACAUGUAACAUUCAUGCACCCAUACAUGCUUUCACACACUCACAGUUUAUCUUUCUCCCCUUGUUGUCUCUGUGUCACUCAUUAUGUGUCUUUAUCACAGUUUGUAAGCACAUGAUAAAUAUGCAGGUGUGCAGAAGGCAGCUGGUAAUCCCAAUCUAACCCCAACAUGCACACUUAUAUACACACACACACACACACACACACACACACAGAUUUUACACUCACACGUUCUGUCUGCUCCUCUCUUUGAGAGAUGUAUGAAUGUAUGUAGAGUUUAAAAAUUAAAUACAGAUUCCUACAGAGG